ACAAGCCAGCACAGCCUGCAGACGCCAGCUCCGAUGGACUAAGGGUGGAGGGUAGUGGCGAGGGCCGCCACGGUCCACGACAGCUGGCCCGAGAUGCUGCAGGCUGCCAAGCCUCGCCGGCGAGUGGCCCUGGAGCGUCUCCAGGCGCCCGGGUGGGGCCGCAAGCGCGCCCAGCCAGUCACCCGGACCAGUGGGCGCGGCGGAGAGGCAAGGGCGGGCCGGACGCUGUUUGCCCUCUCAGCCUGAGUGUUUGUGCAGCCAGCCUGCAGCGCUCGCCGAGCCUCGGCCUUUCCUCCACUUUUCCGACAGCUUCUGGUGGCCCACCUGGACGUGGCGGGAAUUCGGGUUACUCCAUUCAGGAGAGCCGGGGUCCUACACAGGUUUUUGCUACCAGCUGCCAGAAGCCAGGUUGCUGAAUUCCUAUCCCAGUCAGUGGGGAUUUCUGAACUGUGUGCGUCUCUGGGAGGGUCUGUGGACACCUCCAGGUACCAGCCUGCUAGACAUACGCCUGCAAGCCAUUUGCUGGAACUUUUGCCACAGGUGUAAAAGACUCCUGCCCUGCAAAGAUGCUGAGACAGAUAUUGGCAGAGAUGUACAUAGAUCCUGACCUCCUGGCUGAGCUCAGCGAAGAGCAGAAACAGAUCUUGUUCUUCAAGAUGAGGGAGGAACAGAUCCGACGAUGGAAAGAAAGAGAAGCAGCCAUGGAAAGAAAGGAGUCCUUGCCAGUGAAAUCCAGACCAAAGAAAGAGAAUGGCAAAUCUGUCCAUUGGAAACUGGGAGCGGACCAGGAAGUGUGGGUCUGGGUGAUGGGUGAACACCAUCUGGAUAAACCCUACGAUGUUCUGUGCAGUGAGAUUACUGCCGAGAGGGCACGGCGGAAAGCAGAGCAGGAAGCCCAGGAGCUCAGAAAAGCUCAAUCCGAAGAAUUCACCAGUAACUUGAAAACAAAAUCACAGUACUCUGAUCCACAAACAUCGAAUAACUGGAAAACACAGAAUGCCUGCAAGAAAGCAGCAGAAGAGGAAGAAGUGAGGCCAGAAUCCAGGCCAGCACCAGUCCUGGAAGAAGAGAGAAGCCAGUCAUCCUGCAGUUCUUCAAGAAAUAUUCAACAAAUGUUGGCAGAUUCUAUCAAUCGUAUGAAGGCAUAUGGAUUUCACCAGAAGAAAGAAUUGGUAAAGGAAAAACAAGAUGAAGAAAUAAAACAAAUAGACGAAGAUAAAACCAAGCAGAUUUAUAAGAACUGGAAAGAAGAUUCAGAAUGGCAGGCCUCCCUGAGAAAAUCCAAAGCAGCUGACGAGAAGAGACGCUCCUUGGCUAAACAGGCACGGGAAGACUACAAGAGGUUAUCCCUGGCAGCCCAGAGAGGAAGAAGCGGUGAGGGACUGAGUGUUCCACAGAAACCUAGAAGACCUCCCCUUCCACCCAAGCCGCAGUUCCUACCCCCAGCGGGACAUCCCCCAAAGUCUCUUGGCAAUCAGGAAGUGACCAGGACGGCCUCCAGCUCCGCCCAGGAGGACAUCAUCCGCUGGUUCAAGGAGGAGCAGCUGCCCUGCCGAGCAGGCUACCAGAAGACCUCAGACACCAUCGCCCCCUGGUUCCACGGAAUUCUCACGCUAAAGAAGGCAAAUGAACUCCUGAGCACGGGCGUGCCCGGCAGCUUUCUGAUCCGAGUCAGCGAGAAGAUGAAAGGCUACGCCCUGUCCUACCUGUCCGAGGAGGGCUGCAAACACUUCCUGAUCGAUGCCUCUGCCGAUGCCUACAGCUUCCUGGGUGUGGACCAGCUGCAGCAUGCCACCCUGGCAGAUUUGGUGGAAUAUCACAAGGAGGAGCCCAUAACUUCCCUGGGGAAAGAACUCCUACUCUACCCCUGUGGGCAGCAGGAACAGCCACCUGACUACCUGGAGCUCUUUGAAUGAAGGUCUCCAUCUGGGUCAUCCUAUAGCCUCCAGCUAGGCUUUCCUGAACAGACACACUGAAACACAUUUGUGUGUGAAGCCAAAUGCACACCGCAGAAGAGCCAAUACUGAUCAAUGGAAGGUGUCUCCAGAGUCCUUGUUGAAAUCUAUCUUUGCACAAAUGCUGAAGUUUAACAUCAAGGGAAAAAUUAUCUCUGCCUCAUCUGCACUCUAGAAGGAAAAGGAGAAGAGUUAAUACCUACAGUGACAUACCAUGAAGGAUCCCAUGUCACUGAUGUCUAUCAGAUACAAUGAACAAAGAAGAAAUGGAAACCUUUUAGGGAUGGAGGUGCACUCAAAAAGCCGUAGCUCAUAUGAAGUAUUUUGUGAUAUCUAUGUUCUCCUUUGUAUAAUCUCUAAAGGUCUCAGGGUCUUGUUUAAAUGAAGUUCCACCAUGGCUUUGGAAUGCUAGUUAAAAAAAAAAAAAGUCUUCACUGAUGGCUGGGACAAUAGUCCUUACA